CGCUCAGCACAGCAGCUCCGGAGCUCCCUGUCUGUAUAGUAUAAGUGUGUGUAGCAUACAUACCCAUACGUUUAGUGGGUCUACUCGUCUCGUCUCUCGCGACUCGCCGCCGUCGCCGCUGUUGCUCCUUAUUUCACUAAAAUCUUUCCAAAUAAAGAAUUAAGGCAUCCGGUAAAAGUUCAUAAAGUGACGCCGGUCGACGAUCCAAAAGCUACUGAAUAUUCUAGUCAGUCAAGCACAGCCGGUAAACGUGGCAACAUGCAAAAUUUACCAAUUCGUUUAGUAUUAUUGCUGCUCGCAGCAGUUGGGGUGCAAUGUAUGUACCCCUCCAGCUCGGACGUAAUCGAUCUAACGCCCGACAAUUUUGAUAAGAAGGUCAUCAACAGCGACAGCAUUUGGAUUGUCGAAUUUUACGCUCCAUGGUGUGGUCACUGUCAACAGCUCAAGCCCGAAUAUGAAAAAGCCGCUUCUGCCCUCAAGGGUAUUGUGAAAGUUGGUGGUGUGAAUGCUGAUGAACAUAAAUCUCUUGGUGGCAAAUAUGGAAUUCGUGGCUUCCCAACUAUCAAGAUUUUCGGAGCAAACAAAAAUAAGCCAGAUGAUUUCAAUGGACCUCGUACAGCAGCUGGCUUGGUUGAUGCUGCCCUCAAUGCUGCAUCUCAAAAAGCUAGAGCAAACAUACAUGGUGGUGGUAGCAAAAAGAGCAGUGAUUCCAAAUCUGGUGGAUCGAAAGACAACAAGGAUGUUGUUGAAUUGACUGAUGAGAACUUUGAAGAAUUAGUAAUGGGCUCUGAAGAUAUGUGGCUUGUUGAAUUUUAUGCUCCAUGGUGUGGACAUUGUAAGAAUUUAGCACCCCAGUGGGCUAGUGCCGCUACUGAACUUAAAGGAAAAGUUAAACUUGGUGCUUUAGAUGCCACUGUACAUACUUCUAAAGCUAGCCAAUAUGAAAUUCGUGGUUACCCAACUAUUAAAUACUUUGCUCCAGGAAAGAAAGAUUCAGAUUCAGUUUCUGAUUACAAUGGUGGCCGUACUAGCAGUGACAUUGUUAGUUGGGCUUUGGAUAAAUUGUCAGAAAAUGUACCUGCUCCAGAACUCACUCAAAUUACAGAUGAAGAAAGUCUUAAAACAUCCUGUGAAGAUAAACCAUUAUGCAUUGUAUCUGUCUUACCACACAUUCUUGACUGCCAAUCAGAUUGCCGAAAUUCAUACCUUGAAAUUUUGAAAUCACUUGGUGAAAAAUACAAAAAUAAGAUGUGGGGAUGGGUAUGGUCAGAAGCUGGUGCUCAACCUGAAAUCGAAGAAGCUCUUGAAAUCGGCGGCUUUGGUUAUCCUGCCUUAGCUGUAGUCAACGUGAAGAAAAUGAAGUAUUCUUUGUUGAAGGGUUCAUUUUCCAAGGAGGGUAUAAACGAAUUUUUGCGUGAUUUGAGUUACGGUCGUGGUGGUACUGCACCCCUAAAGGGCUCAGAAUUACCAAAAGUUCACAAAGUUGAGCCAUGGGACGGUAAAGAUGCCGAACCACCACAGGAAGAAGAUAUCGAUCUUAGCGACGUCGAUCUUGAUGAAAAAGAUGAGCUGUAAAGACUGAUGAGUGCGUGAAUGUACCGAUGAAAAUAAUUUCCGUCGUGGAUCGUAAUGCGACAGAAUAAAUUUGUAUUUUGCAUGAAAAUUGUUCAAUUAAGAUUAUUUUUUAUAGGUCUUUAUAUUUUAUUAAGUAUGAUGCUUAUAAACUUUUCACGUUAUAUCUAAUGUUUGAGAUUUACUGUUAUUAAUUUCUAGCAAUGUGUGAUGUAUGCUUUGAAAGUUUGUACUUACCAUAACUUUUGUAAUUAUGAAACAGCAGAAGUUAAAUCCAAUAUAAUCUUCGAAUAUUUUAUAAAAUACGA